GGUGGGUGAGUGGAAUAUAAAAAACCUUGAUGUGGAUCAGUCGCAAAGGGAUCACUGACCAUAUUUGUACUUCGACUCUCUUAAUCCAACACUCCCCGCCCGGAUACUCAUAAUCACCGAACACCUUGACCGCCUGUCUCUCCACGAACGAUUUCCUGUCUCGAUCUCUUAGUGCACCACGACCACCUAAUCAAAUAAUCAAACCAUGUUGAAGAUCUACCAGGCCACCUUCAUCGCACAUCUGGCGCUCACUGGGGUCUGGGCUCACGAUAAUGGCUUGGCGAUCACCCCUCCAAUGGGCUGGAACACUUGGAACAAGUAUGGCUGUAAUAUUAACGAAGACUUAAUUCUUUCAGCGGCAAAGGCGAUUAAAUCCGAGGGACUCGAUAAAUUAGGCUACACUUACGUCAAUAUUGACGAUUGUUGGCAAGCACCACAUCGUGGGCCUAACAACGAGCCUAUUGCGGAUCCCGAAAAAUUUCCCAGUGGCAUCAAACAUCUCAGCAACCAAAUCCAUGCCCUAGGAUUGAAACUUGGGAUAUAUUCGGAUGCUGGAACCUAUACCUGUGGCAAACGUUUUGGAUCGCUUGGUUACGAAAUUAACGAUGCCCAGGCUUAUGCUGAUUGGGGAGUAGAUUAUUUGAAGUAUGAUAAUUGUUAUAACGAAGGGCUUUCUGGUACCCCUAGUAUAUCCGCAACUCGCUACAGGACGAUGAGGAAUGCACUCAACGACACUGGCCGACCGAUCGUCUAUUCGCUCUGCCAAUGGGGUGAAGAUCAAGUCUGGAAUUGGGGUGCCACCAUAGCGAAUUCGUGGAGAAUCUCGGGUGACAUCUAUGACAACUUUGACCGACCGGAUGAUCGAUGUCCUUGUCCAGAUUCAUCUGUCCCAUGUCCUUUGGCCGGCUUUCAUUGUUCGGUCAUGAACAUCUUGGAGAAGGCCGCUGGUCUUGGUCAGAAAGCAGGACCAGGUGGAUGGAAUGAUUUGGAUAUGCUCGAGGUCGGGAAUGGUGGAAUGUCAUACGACGAAUAUGUCACCCAUUUCUCAAUGUGGGCUCUCGUCAAAUCGCCGUUGAUCUUGGGCAACGAUGUUACAAAAAUGUCUCCCGAAACCAAGUCGAUCAUCAGCAACAAAGAAGUCAUUGCCAUUAACCAGGACGCAGAGCAUAGCGCCGGUUAUCGAGUAUGGAAGAAACCUACUCCCAAUGGCCGUCAGGGCAAUCUUCAACUUUGGAAAUCGUAUCUUUCUCAUGGGGAGUUCGUCUUGGCCUUUAUCAACGCCUCACCCCAACAAAUCGGCAGCUACGUCAUCUCCUUAUCCGAGUUUUUCAUUGACGAGGGUCAAUGGCCUAUGAGUCGUACCUGGACAGUCAAAGAUCUAUGGAAUUCGACCGGCGCUACGUCGAUCAGACAGGUUCACAAUGCUCAUAAUAACCAAAUCCCAAUCACCAUGUCUUCAGAUUACAAAGAUCUUCAAUUGAUCGUCAAUAAUAUCCCUUCUAAUGGAAUCAAACUCUUGAAACUCACAGAGCAAAAACCGAAAAGUAAAUGAUGAAUCAUCGGCAAGAAGUUGGCACGGGAUUUUUGACGCCAAAGUAUUCGAAAUUCUCGCGGAUGUAGUGAUAUAUUCUAUCGUUCUAUGUUACCUGAUUUGCAUCCUCAACGUCGAUCUUUUCUUUGAUCUGUUCUUCUUCCUUAAGAAUCACCGUUCCUCCUUCUUCAGAUUCACUGCUCCGUCUACCCAACCUAUCUCUAUUUGAGAUAUCCACAAAAAAAUCCAACCAAAAAAAAGAACAACAUCAACAACAAUCACAUUGCCACUGUCAUUUGUACUUCAGCAAGAGCUUUUUUCCUUCCUGUAUCUGUCUUUGUUUGUAACAUCCCAUCAGAGUGUUGUAAUCAUAUGCAAAAAUAUAUUUAUGUGUAUGAUCGACGUGCAUAACUUGAA